AUCAGAAGGCCCAGUGGAUUAUUUAUUGUGAGUGCUAAGAAAAAAAACGAAUUCAUCGCAACGCGCAAUGAGGCAAGGUGAUUGCCUGAUUCCGAGCAGCGAAGAAGUCGGGAAUAGCCAGCAGAACUUGAUUAAUCCCCAUCCGAUCCGGCUGUAAGUCCGCCGCAGGUACCUUCUUUUGGACACCCAGUCUGCCGCAACACCCAUGCCCGUUCGAAUAGCAAAGAUAUCGCAGUAGAAAGGUAACCACAAGCCAGCGGGAGAAGCAGGAGGAGCAAGAGGAGCAGGAGGAGCAGGUGGACCCGACGCCAUGGCGCCCUUCAAGCUCAAGUUCCGGAUGGGCAGCUCGCGCAGCACCUCGCAGGAGCACGACCCCGACCCGCAGGUGAACGAGGCGCUCCUGGGCGCGCAGAGCCAGCAGCAGAACGCGCAGCCCCUCCAGGAGGCGGUGGAGGCCAGCAGCAGCUCCAGCCUCGACCUCGCGGACUCCAGCAGUCUCGGCCAGCUGAGCAGCGAGCGCAAGCUGCUUCUGCCGCCCACCACCAGCAGCAGCACCAUGCGAUUGGGAUAUCUUAACCAGAACCGCACUCCGUGCAUCAACGAGUCGUUGGCGGAUACGGAUGCGGACACAGUGCCCACCACCCCACCGCCUUCCUACGAGCAUGUUCUAGAGGAGAACACUCGGUUGUCCCAGCACCAGCGACAGUUGUCCCUGGACAGCGCCACUCCGAACCAGAACAGCCGGCGCAGCUCGGCGAACAGCUCGCGACACAGUGCCGCCCAGCUGAGUGCCGCCUUGGAGCAGCUGGCCGGGAAUGGAGGCGCCGGGGAGUACUGCAACGACCCGGACUGCAGGCAGAACCUGAACAACAACGGAGCCACCAGCCACAACGGCAACCACAUCCAGAACGCAAACAACAACAACGACGGCGAGCAGAUCUUCGAGGGCGUCACGGAACUGGAGCUGCGGAGCGACAACGAGGAGCAGCUGAGCAUCAACGAGUUCCUGCUGGAGACGGAGAUGGCGGCCUCACCGUCCCGCCGUCUGGAGGAUCGCUACGCGGGUGGCGCGGGAGCGGACGAGGAUCAGGGCGGCCAGUGCCAGGACGACCAGUGCGCGCAGUGCAGCGAGGAGCGGACCAGCGGAGAGGACAGGGAUGCGGCCAGCACCAGCAGUCAGGCGGCGGCGUCGUCCGGCGGUGGCCACAACUUCUACGAUCCGCUCCUGAAUCGGGGCAGCUACGCAAACUACAGUGAAGGUGGCUCUGCGAGUUCGGGACCUGGUUCGGCCAACGGCCAGAUGUGCCAGGAGGCCUGCUGCAGCGGCUCCGCAUCCGGAUCGACUGCAUCCAGGAGCGGGCGGAGCGGAAGGCGGCAGAACCAGCAGGGGCAGCCGCCCAAUUGCCACACCAGCCUGCUCACGCCGGAGAUGAUGAGCAACAAGACGAGCAAGGAGAUCUACAAGGACCUGGCCAAGCAGUGGGGCAUCACCUGCAAGAUGUCCGAGAGCUGUCGAUGCAUGGAGUGUCAGAGUCACUACUUCGACUGCGACUACGAUGAUAACGAGCACCAGAAGACGGACGGAGGAUUGGGCGCUGGCACGCCCAUGUUUAUCAGCGAGGUGAUGCACGGAUCCGGGUGCAACAUUUUGUAGGGGGCGACAUCCGGACGCGGAAUCCCCAAGGAUUUGCUGAACAACUACAAUUAUUUAUCCGUAUUGUACAUGUUAUGAUGAGGGAGACGUCGCCUCCCGUACUUAGCACUGAGUGUUUGCACAUUAUUUUAAGGUAAUGCUGCACGGACAUAUGUUAUAUAGAAUCGGGGAACCGGGAGUAUCACGUAUGGAAUUGGCCAAUUGGCCAGCCGCUUUAGGGGCUUUAAAAGUGGGGAAACGGGGAGCACUACUGUUCGGCGGUAGGAGUAUAUUUUUGGUGUUAGCCGUAGGACUUGGGGAAUCGAAUCGGAAUGGAUAGGUCAUGUUACCCACCUAGCAGAUGAACAUCUAAAUAUCCUUGAGUGUGUUCUUCUUCGGUCAAUAUAUUUCGAAAUUUAUAUAUCCCACUCUUGACCAGCUUGGCAUCCCGACUUCUUCAUAGGUACUCCCCUAGCUGCUUUGCCCCCAAUAUUUAUAUGUAUGUAUUUUUCUAAGUGUAGCGAGGAGGAGCAGAAGCUUGAGGCGGACUAGGAUGAGCGGCAUUCCAGUGCACUUUCCGAUCAGAACUCGACGCGUUUCAAAAACAGUUUGGAGGAGUCUCUGGUGGGCGAGAGUUCCCGUAAGCCCGUAGGCAGGAAAACCCGGAAAGGCCCGCUUGGAGGACACCACUAGUCAAAGUUAUCCACAUCAGCAAACCGUAGAAUAAGCAAGUCGGCACUUUUGUGCCGUUUUAGAUCCAAGUCGAUGGUGGUUUGAAACAGAAACCAAGUUAACUCCAUCGAAAUGGCGAUACGAACCUAGUUACUCGAACAAACGAAUAUGCAAACUUAGUCUGAAGGUCAAUUGGUCCUCAUUUAGAGUCGUUGAAUGUUCAUUACUCGCUUUCCGUGUGCGCUGACGACACUUUCCGGAGAUGGAGCUGGUUUCACUGGACACAUCCACUCGAUUAGCACCCGAAAAUCGAACGAUGGUGAAGCAAAACCGACUAAGUCUGUUAGCUGUUAGAUGGAAGUAGGAAACUACAAGUAAUCCGCGUAGGAAAAGCGAAUCGAAACCAAGUACUCUUUCCAAGUAGCUAAGUAGCUGAGUAAGAGAGGAGCCCGGACUCGCAUCAGCAUAGAAAUAAUUCGAAGGGAUCGUAGGAAG